AUGGCUCCGCAAGCUUCUUCAUGCUUCCAGAUACCAGAGUGGAUCUUCAAGAUGGCUGAGAAUGAGCGUCGAUAUGAAAAUGCGAAGCGCAAGGCUGAAGUGGAGCUGGACCGUUGCCGCAAUCACAUCCGCAAGGAGUUUGAGCACCGACGGAAGCGAGCAGAAGAGACGUAUAAGACCGAAAUCGAUGCCAUGCGUCAUAAACUUGACAGGCGGCUAAAAGAUCUUGAGCAAGCGCAAACGGAUAUGGCUGUCACGAAAUUUCGUCGUCUUUCGAUGGAUCAAUCGAUUCGAUCACGUGAAGAACGUGAGAAAAAGAUGCGUGAAGUGAACGAAAGCAGCAAGCAAGUGUUCAACAAUGAAAGGAAACGUUUCUCUGUUGGGUAA